GCCGCCCCCUCCCGCCCUGUUCUCUCUCAGGUCGGGCCGGGCCCGGCCGGUUCCGCGAGCGCACAGCAGACUGAGGGAGAAGAGGGGAGGAGGAGGAGGAGAAUUCAGGGAAUAGGAGCUGGGGAGCCCUUCUGCGCCACAGAAAAUUUCUGAUGAGUUGUUGAAGACAGGAAAACUGUCAUAAAGACUGUAGCACUAUUGUACUAAUCUCAGAUGAGAGACAAUUCAGAUGUCCCAGUUUUUUGAUUCCUCUUCAGUUCCCAUUUGUCAGCCACGUCUGGUCUUUGGAGUACUGUGUUGGCCUGAGCUGAAGUCAUCCUUGACCCAUAAUAAGAACAUGAAUCUUCAAGUGUCAACUUUAUUUGUGGACCAGUGAAUUUGUUUUGAAAGGUGGUUACUUUGGGUGACAUUGUCCAGUUCUCACAAUGUAUCAUUCGUUAUCUGAAACUAGACAUCCUCUACAAGCAGAAGAACAGGAAGUAGGCAUCGAUCCCUUGUCAAGUUACUCCCACAAGUCUGGAGGAGAUUCAAAUAAAAAUGGAAGAAGAACAAGUUCUACUUUAGACUCUGAAGGGACUUUUAAUUCUUAUAGGAAAGAAUGGGAAGAACUAUUUGUAAACAACAAUUACUUGGCAACAAUAAGGCAGAAGGGGAUUAAUGGGCAGCUGAGAAGCAGCAGGUUCCGCAGCAUUUGCUGGAAGCUAUUUCUUUGUGUUCUUCCUCAAGAUAAAAGUCAAUGGAUAAGUAGAAUUAAAGAAUUAAGAGCAUGGUAUAGCAACAUUAAAGAAAUACAUAUCACAAACCCAAGGAAGGUUGUUGGCCAGCAGGAUUUGAUGAUCAAUAAUCCCCUUUCACAGGAUGAAGGGAGUCUUUGGAACAAAUUCUUCCAAGAUAAAGAACUUCGAUCAAUGAUUGAACAAGAUGUCAAAAGAACGUUUCCUGAAAUGCAGUUUUUCCAACAAGAAAAUGUGAGAAAGAUUCUUACAGAUGUUCUUUUCUGUUAUGCCAGAGAAAACGAGCAGUUGCUUUAUAAACAGGGCAUGCAUGAGCUGUUAGCGCCUAUAGUUUUCAUCCUUCACUGUGACCACCAAGCUUUUCUACAUGCCAGUGAGUCAGCACAGCCCAGUGAGGAAAUGAAAACUCUCUUGAACCCUGAGUAUCUGGAACAUGAUGCCUAUGCAAUGUUCUCACAACUCAUGGAAACUGCUGAACCUUGGUUUUCUACUUUUGAGCAUGAUGGUCAGAAGGGAAAAGAAACGCUGAUGACCCCUAUACCCUUUGCUAGACCACAGGACUUAGGGCCAACAAUCGCUAUUGUUACUAAAGUCAACCAGAUCCAGGAUCAUCUCCUGAAGAAGCAUGAUAUUGAGCUUUACAUGCACUUGAACAGGCUAGAAAUUGCACCACAGAUAUACGGCUUACGGUGGGUACGGCUGUUGUUUGGGCGAGAGUUCCCCCUGCAGGAUCUUCUCGUGGUCUGGGAUGCCUUGUUUGCAGAUGGUCUCAGCCUGAGUUUAGUCGAUUACAUCUUCAUAGCCAUGUUACUCUACAUCCGAGAUGCUUUGAUCUCGAGCAACUACCAGACCUGCCUCGGCCUUCUGAUGCAUUACCCACUCAUCGGGGAUGUACACUCGCUAAUCCUUAAGGCUCUGUUCCUUAGAGACCCAAAGAGAAACCCAAGACCAGUGACUUACCAGUUCCAUCCAAAUUUGGAUUAUUACAAAGCACGAGGAGCAGACCUUAUGAAUAAAAGCCGGACCAAUGCCAAAGGUGCGCCCCUGAAUAUAAACAAGGUCUCUAAUAGCCUGAUUAAUUUCGGAAGAAAGCUCAUUUCCCCAGCAAUGGCCCCAGGCAGCGUGGGUGGCCCUGUUCCUGGGGGCAGCAGCGGCAGCUCCUCUUCCGUCAUUCCCACGAGAACCUCAGUGGAAGCCCCGAAGCAUCACUUGCAGCAGCAGCAGCAACAGCAGCAGCAGCAGCAGCAGCAGCAGCGGCUGCUGAAGUCAGAGAGCAUGCCAGUGCAACUGAACAAAGGACAAACUUCAAAAAACAUCAGUUCGUCUCCAAGCAUUGAGAGUUUGCCUGGAGGAAGAGAGGUCACCGGCUCCCCACCCGCCUCUGCUACUAAAAAGGAUUCCUUCUUUAGCAACAUCUCCCGCUCCCGCUCCCACAGCAGAACUGUGGGCAGAAAAGAAUCUGAAGAAGAACUAGAAGCCCAGAUUUCCUUCCUUCAAGGACAGUUGAAUGACCUGGAGGCCAUGUGCAAAUACUGUGCCAAGGUGAUGGACACGCAUCUUGUAAAUAUCCAAGAUGUGAUAUUACAAGAAAAUUUGGAAAAAGAAGAUCAGAUUCUCGUUUCCUUGGCAGGACUGAAGCAGAUCAAAGACAUCCUGAAAGGCUCCCUGCGUUUCAACCAGAGCCAGCUGGAGGCGGAGGAGAACGAGCAGAUCACCAUCGCUGACGACCACUACUGCUCCAGCGGCCAGGGCCACAGCGGCCCAGGGCCCGGGGCCCCCAAGCAGGCCUCUUCCGAGAUGCCCGGGCGCGCAGAUGGAGGAAGUUCCGAAGACUUCAUCCUGGUUUCUAAAGAAGACGAGGUGGGCAGUGCCAAGGGGCCCUUCUCAGGCCAGGCCCAGCCUCUUCGCACCCUCAGAAGCACAGCAGGAAGAAGCCAGGCCCCAGCCUGCUCCCCUCUGGUCCUCUCGGACCCGCUGAUGGGCACAGCCUCUGCUUCCAGCUCCAGCCCCGACGAUGACAGCAGCAAGGACUCCGGCUUCACCAUUGUGAGCCCCCUGGACAUCUGAGCGCAGUGCCCAGUCCUGCCUCACAGGCCCCCGGCCGCCCCCUCACCAGCCCCCGGCUCCUCCUGGGGAGACCCCUCCAAAACCAAUGCUUCUUUCCUAUCAUGCAACUGCCGUUGGCCCAGCCCUCUGAACCCUUUAGAGAGAAGCCACACGGCCACAAAGCACGCAGACUUCGGGUCACCAAGAUGCAGACGGGGCUUUCUGGCCCGUCACCUAACCCCCACCUCACCUUUGCUCUGAGUCAGAGCCGAGCCAGCGCCCAGGAUCACGCUCACUGUCAGGAAAACACAGUUAGACUCACUUGUCCUCUCUCCCCGCUCCCCAACCAGGCAGUUGCCGCCUCCACCCAUUACGUUUCCAGGGGAAACGAGUUGGUUUCAGAUCUUCCCUCGGGCACAGGAAUGUUGGUUGGUAUCAGGAAAGCUUUCCCUGUGGGAAUCUGUGUCUCAGAUUCCCUGCCUUGGGAAAUGGCACAGCAGAGCCAAGUCUGAUAGAAUAAACUAGAACUAGCCGAGGCUCACGCCGGGAAGCCCCAUUGCUGACCUCUGAAACUUAAAAUGACUUUAGAAACAGGGUUUACACUGAGGAAUCAUCUUUAGGUGUGCUGUGGUGGUAGAGUUUUGGUUUGUUGGAAAAGAAGUUUCCAGUCCUUGGGCCAAGUAUAUUUUGGUCAUCAUUGUUCCUCCUUAAAACAAUUGUAGGCACCUUUUGAAAUCUCUCACAGCCGGAAAGCAAGGCGUCUUUAAGCAAGGCUUUGCAGCACUGAUUUCAAAGCUGUAGCAACCUUACCGUCCUGGAAGGGAAACGUGACCCCGACGUUGUGGGAGAAGCCGCUCUCAGUCGGUUUCCUGGUCACGUUUCUCUAGUUUGGGGACUGCAUUUACCUGUCGAGUAAGAAGCAAGGGAAAAACCCAAGUUCAUUCCCAUCCCGUCGGAGUCCCCCAUUGUCUUUAAGGUAGCAAUGACAGGGAAUCGACCCAGCAUCCCUUCGGUGUGGAGCAGGGCUUCCUAGAGAAUGUUCUAGAUGUCUGGAGGAGGCAGGAUCCCCGCACAGCCCCUUCCCUUGCUGGGAGCCAAGUGUAGGAGUCCCGGGGCCUGUGCCCAGCUGUGGGCUCUGCAUCCUGGGCACUGUGGCCAAGAGCAGGUCUGACAGGCUGGCGCCUUUGGCACUGCGCAGAUUAAAGAGGCCCCGCUGCGCGCUGGCUUAGGAGACUGAUGGACACAGUGUCCCAUGGGCCCAUUCACUGAGCAGGACGCUUCUGCCCUGCUGCCGGAGCAGGCAUUCCUGCUAGGACAGGUCGUGACUGAAGGGGGCGCUGUCGUGCCCCGUACCAGGGCAUCUGGCUCUUUGGGCCUUGGCUGGGAGGAUGCAAGGCCUCCGUGCAGUGGACGCCAAGUGAGGAUGGCAAGGCCUCGGCGCGGUGGAAGCCGAGUGCGAAGGAAAAGCAUCCCUCCUACUGCUGGCCACGGAUGUCUCUCCUGGCAAAUGCAAUGGUGACGGGACAGCGGAGGUCCUGCCGAAGGCUCUGUUCAGCGCCGCCACCUGUUCUUGGGACCCAGCACAUCACUGCUUUGCUAGGUGCCGGGGCUGUGUGGCCUUCCCGGGCUGGGCGGUUGCUCAGCAGGGCGCGAGGAAGUUGCUGCCAGUGUUGUUUAUCCACUGCAGGACACUUGGUAAGUGCCAGGGUUGCAUACGGUGAGCAGCCUCACCCCUACGCAGGGUCGGCCAAGGGCUACUUUCUCACACAGGACUUGGCUUGGAGGCGCUGGUGUUUUCCCUGCUAAGGUGAGAAGUGCAGAGCUGUCCCCGCUGGGGCACUGGGACCUCAGUCAGGAAGCAGCCCUGGUGCCAUUUGCUCACGUCUGGCAUGCCCCUUGCCCCGAGGGCUCCAGCCUCAGUAGCCGACCAGCACUGGGCAUCCCCCAGGCCAAGCAGGCCCUGUAGCCGGUGGGUGUUCAGGAGUCACAGAAUCGCUCAGGCCUGCCCCCCAACCCCCAACCAAGGGGCAGGCCCUCCUCUUGUACUUUUGGGCCGACGCCACCUGACAGGUGCGGGUUCUCAGAGGUAGAGGUGUGGCUGCUAUGGGGCCCACUGGCCCACCCCUCCCCAGGGAAAGAAGCAGGACAGGGCAGCGGGCAGAGGCAGUGCCACACCCAAAUGCCCAUCGGGCCACGGGGCUGGAGAAUUGUGUUACUAUCUCUCUCCUAAGUGACUUUCUUUUAUUCAGAGUUGAACAUUGUUUGCAUUUUUUAUUUGUUACAGUGCUAUUAAAGAAUGUAUGUUCCUUUUUAUUAUUUUUUUUCAGGUACUUGGGUUUUUUUUAAUUGCACAUUUUUUAAAUCCUGGAUAUAUGAAACCUUUUUGUUUUUCUCUAACAAAUGUGGUAAUCAGUGGAUUCCUUCUUGUGUUUUGAUUUUUUUGAUUAUUAGCAGUUGAACAUUUUAUACACGUACCAUUUAGAUGAACUCCCGUUGUCAUCUCCUUUUUUUUAUACAUGCCCCUGUGUGCUUCCUACAUUCCUGUGUGAUCCGAUUGGAAAUUUUUGUCAAGAUUUCCCUGUGUAGUACAUGCGAGAGCUAAGGCUGGAGAAAGUCAGUUACCGCUUUUGCCUACUUACGUGUCGCCAAGGGGCCAUGUGCUUUACACGUGUAACUGUACUGGAUUAUUCUUCCAAAGAUGACCCCUGCUAACUGUAGCCUGCAAAGCAAGAACGUUAAUGCCGAACGCGUGACUGUGUCCCUGCAAGUGAGCCCCGGCCUCGCAGGACCCGCCUUCUCGGCCGGGGCCGACUUGCAUACGAAGACGCUGGGACAGUGACGCUGUCUCCAGAGCCGACCUGCCCUAGGUGACCUUCUGGAACAGGAGUGUAUGGAGGACUUGGGGCCGCAUGGGCCCCCCUCGCCUUGCAGACAGCACCCACGGAGCAGGGCCCGGGGGCCCUGGAGCAGGGCUGAGGCUGCAGGACACAGGUGGCAACAGCAAGGCGCCUCCCGCAUGCGGGCCAGACUUCGGUUUGCUCCCUCUUUACGACAUUGAGGAGACGCAUCAAGUUCAUGUAAACAGGCUGGAGACCAUGUUGAUGUUAAGUUGUCGUCAUAAUUUUUCUCGCAGUAGCACAAUUGACUUGAUUCAUGGAGAACUCGGUUGCGUCAUUUCUAUCCUGUCGCUUUUUCUCACCCGCCGUUAUGCUAGAACUCAUGUUGAUUUAAGCAAUGAUUUAUCCUUUUGGCAAAGUGAGCCCUCUCCGUAUGAUAGAAUAAAAGACUAAUGUGAC